AUGGCGGCAAUCACCCAGACCAUUGCCAUUGUCGACAGAUCAAACAAAAUCAUCAGUACAAGCAAACAACUCAAAAAUGUCUUCAAGGAAGCAAAGAUGGCUUAUAUGGAGCGGAAAGCUGAGAUUAUGGCAGAACGAAGGGCUAGAGAGGAAAAAGAUUUGAGGAAAGCAAUGAAAGUGGUGACGCUUGCAGAAGAGACAAGAUCAGAGACAUCCCCAAGGUCUAAAAGACGACACAGUCACAAAAAAGAACACGAAUAUGAACAUGACCGGCAGCGUUCGUUAGCAGAUGGCCAUCAUCAUUCUGAAUCCGGUAGAAGAAAAGCUCUGCCUCACAGAGAUUCAAGCCCGAGUGUUUCCAAGUCGAGGGUCGAGGCUCGCACGAACCACGCCGGUCUUGCACAAUUCAAUGAAGAAUUAUAUGGGACUCAUCGCUCUGCCCCAACGUCGCCAGUUGCACCGCAUGGAGCUAAUGAGCUCGUUCGUCGUACCACCGACCUUCCGUUGGAGGCUCAUCGUUCACAUCGGCGUCCACCGGUCCGGUCACACUCCACUUCAGAUAUGGAUGGGCAUAUCGAUAUGGACCUUGCAUAUGGGGAAUUCCAUCCGGAAUCCCUUAUGCUGGAUCCGAAAGUGGAACACCGACUACAGAAACAGGAGAUGUCCAGUCUAGUCACAAAAUGCAAGAUGCUCCUGGAUGAGGCUAACUGUGCGCAGCACAGUGUGAGAGCCAUCAUUGCACAUCUGCAGCAGAAUCCCGAUGCCAUGGCAGCCGUUGCCCUGACUCUGGCUGAGAUUAGCAACCUGGCAAGCAAAAUGGCACCUGGUGCGCUUGCGGCGUUAAAAACAGGAGCCCCCACUGUUUUUGCCAUGCUUGCUGCUCCGGAAUUUCUCAUUGCUGUUGGGGCUGGCAUUGGACUUACCGUUGUCAUGUUCGGUGGCUAUAAGAUCAUCAAGAAGAUCAAAGCCAGCGUUGGUGACAAACCCGAUGACGGCAUGGAUGAAAUGUUGGAUGUCAAUGGACUUGACCGCAUUGAGCACUGGAGACGUGGUAUUCCGGACGCUGAAACUGCCAGUGUUGCAACUAGUGUUGAGGGUGAAUAUAUCACUCCAAUAGCCGCCGCAAGUAUGGGCCAUUUGCCUCUACCGAAAGAUCGAAGUGAGAGCAGGCACAAUGAAAGAAGACACGAGGAAAAGAAGAAGAAGAAGAAGAAGCAGCAGCAACACAGCAGAAAGGUCGAUGAUGACCCGGACCGUACUAUGGUGGGUAGUGAGAGGUCAUCAAAAUCAAAGAGAAGCAGCAAGUCGGACAAGAGAGAAAAGGCUUUGGUAAAAUCCAAGAAGCCGAGCCCGUUGCGACGAAUGUUCAGCAGCAAGGACUCGGAAUCUUCUUCCAGACGAUGA